AUGGUCAGAGAAGCUCUUCAAUUUCUCUCUCGACUGAGAAAUUCCUCGAAUUUCCCAGACCAAUUUACCUGCAACAAGCUCAUUCAUCACCUCAUCAAUUCGAAUUGCGGAGAUCUCUCUCUCAAAUUCUUAGCUUACUUAGUCUCCAGAGGUUACAUUCCUCAUCGUUCUUCAUUCAAUUCGGUCGUUUCGUUGGUUUGCAAAUCAGGACAAGUUCAAUUCGGUCAAGAUAUUGUCCACUCGAUGCAUAGAUUCAGAUGUUUACCAGAUGUUGUCUCUUAUAACUCUUUGAUUGAUGGGUAUUGUAGAAAUGGCGAUAUUAGAAAUGCUAGUUUGAUGUUAGAGAGAUUAAGAGUCUCCUCUAAUGGGGUUAUUUGCAGACCUGAUUUAGUUAGUUUCAACUCUUUGUUUAAUGGGUUUAGUAAGAUGAAGAUGUUGAAGGAAGUUUUUGUGUAUAUGGGUGUUAUGUUGAAGUCUUGUUCGCCGAAUGUCGUUACUUAUAGUACUUGGAUCGAUACGUUCUGCAAAACCGGGGAGUUAGAGUUGGCGUUGAGGAGUUUUAAUUGUAUGAAGAGAGAUGCUUUGUCUCCAAAUGUGGUUACUUUCACUUGUUUGAUUGAUGGGUGUUGUAAAGCUGGUGAUUUGGAGGUUGCGGUUUCGUUAUACGAAGAAAUGAGACGGGUUCGGAUGUCUUUGAAUGUUGUUACUUAUACUGCUUUGAUAGAUGGUUUCUGCAAACAAAGGGAAAUGAAGAGAGCUGAGGGAUUGUAUUCGCAGAUGCACGAGAAUAGAGUUGAACCGAACGCUCUUGUAUACACAACGAUGAUCAACGGGUAUUUUCAGAAAGGAGAUUGUGAUAAUGCCAUGAAGUUUCUAGCCAAAAUGCUUAACCAAGGGAUGAGACUUGAUAUAGCAGUUUACGGCGUAAUCAUAUCAGGCCUUUGCGGUAAUGGUAAACUAAAAGAGGCGACAGAGCUUGUAGAAGAUAUGGAGAAAGGUGGUUUAGUUCCUGAUAUGAUGAUUUUUACAACAAUGAUGAACGCUUAUUUCAAAUCCGGACGCAUGAAAGCUGCGGUUAACAUAUAUCACAGGUUCAUAGAGAGAGGCUUUGAGCCAGAUGUUGUAGCUCUUUCGACUUUGAUCGAUGGGCUUGCGAAGAAUGGACAACUACACGAAGCUAUUGCUUAUUUCUGUGAAGAGAAGGCUAAUGAUAUUAUGUACACUGUGCUUAUCGAUGCUUUGUGCAAAGAAGGAGACUUUAUAGAAGUUGAGAGACUCUUUAGCAAAAUUUUAGAGGCUGGACUUGUUCCGGAUAAGUUCAUGUACACUUCUUGGAUUGCAGGGUUGUGUAAGCAAGGGAAUUUGGUUGAUGCUUUUAAGUUAAAAACCAAAAUGGUUCAAGAGGGUCUCGAGCUCGACUUGUUAACCUAUACAACAUUGAUUUACGGGUUAGCUAGCAAAGGUUUGAUGGUCGAGGCAAGACAAGUUUUCGAUGAAAUGUUGAGAAGUGGAAUAAGUCCUGAUUCAGCUGUUUUCAAUCUGUUGAUUAGAGCUUAUGAAAAAGAAGGAGACAUGGCUGCUGCUUCGGAUUUGCUUCUCGAUAUGCAGACUAGAGGGCUUGCAACAGCAGUAAACGAUACAGAUUGCAGCAAAAGAUGUGACGACGAAGUGAGCUGUACUUAA